AUGGCCACAAUCAAUCUUUCCUCCUCUCAGUAUUUAAGUAUUGUGAAAAAAAUUCAAGAAGUUGUUUGUAACAAGCAAGAGUCUGGUGAUUUUGGAGUUAUCUGCCCAGUAAAAGGUCAGCAGUGCAUUGCCCAGUAUGAAGAUGAAGACUGGUAUAGAGCAGAAGUUGUUGGGAUACGUAAUCUUCAAGAAGUUGAAGUAAAAUUUGUUGACUUCGGUAAUAUUGCCAGAGUCAGUAUGAGUAAAGUAAGAAGAAUAGAAGAAGAAUUGCUAAGAUUUCCAUGCCAGGCAAUACACUGCAAGCUUGCCUAUAUUCAACCCAGUAGCACGGCACAGCAGUGGAAUUUAGAUGCAUGUGAUAUGUUUGGAAUGAUGGUUGCCGACAAACGUCUAAAGUGUACUGCCAUAGGCAUUUUGAUGGACGAUAAACUAUCUGUUGAACUCUUUGAAGAUGAUCCAAAGAAUUCAAUCAGCAUCAAUGCUUCUUUGGUUGAGAAAGAAAUGGCUUCCUUCAUAUGUUGUGAACAUGGGCCUCUUAAGCAUCGCUUAUAUAUGAGGGAAAUAUGGGAUCCAGUUGAUGAUAUGCUCACUGAUCCUUUUGAAGAAAAGAUGGACUCCAUUUCUGUUUUGCAACAAAAAGAGCUGGAUGUUAUAGUUAGCCAUGUUGUCUCUCCUAGCAACAUAUUUGUGCAGUGGAAGACAUCAGAGCAUUUUCUUGAAAGUUUUCAGGAGACUUUGUUCAAUAAGUACGAAAAUACAGAGCCUGAAAACACAGAGUGGCAUGCUGAUAUGUAUGUUGCUGUUAAGCUACCUGUCUUAAAACAGUGGAGACGAGGGAAAAUUGAAAAUAUUUCUGAAAAAGGUGUCGAGGUCUUCAUUUAUGAUUUUGGGAAUAAAGAAAUGAUAGAUGUCAACAAUAUAAGAACACUUGAAGAAAGUCAUAAGGCAUAUGGUAGCUUUUGCCUGGAAUGCUCACUGAUGGAUAUACAACCAUCUGGAGGAAGCACAGAAUGGACAAAAACAGCAUGUGAAGUUCUUUCCUAUUAUCUCAAGGGAGCUAAAGUUACAAUAAUCAUUGAAGAAAAUGCAUCAAAGUGGCCUCUGCCUGUUAAGAUGGCAUGUAAAGAUGAAGCAGGCCAGCAUGUUGAUAUUUCCAGUUUCCUCAUAAAACAAGGUUUAGCUCUGAGAGAAAGAAGGCUUAAUAAACCCAAGACUUUGGAAGUUAGUGAAAGUAUAGCGGAAAUUACAGUGGCAGAGCAUGUUGUACUUGAGGAGAAACCAGAUUGUGAUGUAGAGCCUGAUCAAACACCUUUUCAGAAAAAUGAUGCAAGUACAAGUAACAUAGAAAAAAAUGAAGAACCAAUGACCGAACAAAAUAUCAAUGAGCCCUAUAUACCUCCUGUCAUACCGGAUUCAAAAAUAUUUAUGGCAAAAGUCACGCAUAUAACAGAACAAGGAAUCGUAUACGUGAUACAUGAAUCAUUAGAAAGUGAUCUUGGUAAGCUUAUGAGUGAUGUUCAAGAGUACUUAAAAGGUCCUGGGCUGCUGAUGCCUUAUUGCUGGAAAAAAGGAGAUGGUUGUCUUAUUAAGGGACCAGAUAAUAUGUCAUAUCGUGGUAAAGUUCUUGAAAUUAUUGGAGGAGAUAUGAUAAAGGUACAAUAUGAGGAUUUUGGAUCUACAGAAACAAUUCCUAAAUGCCAUCUUCACCCACAUACGUUUAGACCAAACAUUCCAUGUUUUUGCAUACCAUGCCAGCUUCACAAUGUGCUUCCACUUGGUGGAAAAUGGCAGCCUGAUGCAAUAGAACUUCUUAAAGAACUUCUUAUUGAUAGACAUGUCAGGGUUCAUCUUAUGGAGACCCCCAAAUUCUCUGGGGAUAUUGCUUCAGUUGAUCUCUACUGUGACAAUGCACCAGUCACAGCUAUUCUUGACAUACAUGGGCAUUGUGUUGUAGAAGAUAAUGAAAAGAGAACAAAGGAAAAGAUGGAUGUGUUUGAGAGUAGUUUGGAGAAAAGAGGUGGUGGUGGUGGUGGUGGUGGUGGUAACUGUGUAACAAACUGCUACAGCAAGGAAUGUCUUAAAGAAACAUUUGACCUCAACUAUGAAGAUUUGCUUUUGCCUGAUCAAGAAACCCCAUUUUUACAAGGAUACGCUCCACUGUCUUUGCCUCAGACAGGAGAGUUAUUUCCCGUCAAUAUUUCUCACUUGGAAACCCCAAACAUAGUGUAUAUUUCUUGUAAUAGCUCAGAGGAUUGUCAGAAUGAAUCUGAAGAGACUCUACAGGCCAGCCUUGAAAAGGUCAACCUUUAUGAAAAAGAACUAAAACCUGUGACAGAUUAUAGACCAGAAAUGCCAUGUCUUGCACGAUACCAUGAUGGUCAAAUAUACAGAGCCAAACUGAAGUCCAUACAAGGAUUCAACCCUGUGAGUGUAGUAGUGCAAUUUGUGGACUAUGGGUCUAAUGCAGUAGUGCAAAGUGACAGUAUUUUUCAGCUUCCUGAUAAUCUUGUUACGUAUCCUGUGAAAGCACUUAAAGUCAGAUUGGCUGGCUUUAAGCCACCUAUGAAAGACUGUGAAACUGUGAGAAUCCCAUACUUCCCAGCAUGGAGUAUGAAAGCUCUGUACACCAUGAUGGACUUAAUUGAAGAGAAAGCAACGCUUUUUGCUUCCUGUACUGCUGCAUCACAAGAAACCUCAGUGUUCAUCUAUGAUGAAAAUCACCAACUUCUUCACGAGCCAUUAGUAUCAAUGGGAUUAGCAGAUUAUUCUUAAAAGUGUGGAUGCUGUAUAUUUGACAGCUGUGAAGAAGACAGCUUCCCAAGUUUGUUUGUGAAUUAUUUUAGUGUGGCCAUACAUACUUGGGUUUAUUUUUGUUUCUGUAUUAUUAUUGUAGU